UUAUUUGUUAGUAACUAUAAAAGUGAAGAUGAGCAGAAAUUUAAAAGAAAAUUCAGAGUUGAAUGGUUCCAACAAUUCGAUUGGGACGAGACAAAAAUGGGUGCGCGUUUUGCAUUGCAUGCGACAAAACAAUAUUGAACCAUUUGACACACCUUAAAAACCACGAAAAGACAACCUUCCAUGUGGUUAACCUUGAGCGCAAAAAGAAGCAACUUUCCAUUGACAAAUUUUUGGGCCCAGAACAUCAGAAAUUCCAACAACAGGUACGCGAUGCUGAACUUACACUAGUGAUGUUCCUUAUAACCCACAACCUUCCAUUCUUAUUAAUGGAUUAUUUACCGGGUUUAUUAACUGAAUGUUGUCCAGAUUCAAAUAUAGCAAAAAAUAUUAAAUGUGGAAGAACUAAAUCAGUUCAACUGACUGAGUUUCUAUCAAAUUUGGCUAGUAAAAAUAUUGUAAAUUAUCUUAAACAAAACAAAUUCUCACUGAUCGUUGACGAAACAACAGACGUUUCCAUGAAAAAGUGCUUAGUACUGGUUGCCAGAUAUGUGGACAGUGUUCACGUAGUCCACGAUCGAUUCCUUGCUAUGAUUGAGCUUGCACAGGCAGACGCUCAAACAAUAUUUUUCGCAAUUAAAGAAUUUUUCCGGAAAUAUAGCAUUCCUUUACAAAAUAUUAUUGGCUUAGCCACUGACGGUGCAAGCGUCAUGGCAGGCGAAAUAGGUGGUCUAAAAACACUUUUAAAAAUGGAAGCGGAUAUUUUUUAUUUAAAAUGUACCUGUCAUUCCUUGCACCUAUGUUCUAGUUAUGCCUCCAAGAAACUUCCAGGUAACAUUGAGGUGUUGUGUAGAAACAUCUAUAAUUAUUUUUCGCAUAGUCCUAAGCGAAUUUCUGAAUUAAAAGAAUUUCAAAACUAUUGCUGCGUAGCAACUCACAAAAUUUUAGGAAUCUCUCAGACAAGGUGGCUUUCACUGGAGGGGGUUAUCUGCAAAAUUAUAGAGCAAUGGGAGAGUCUUAAAUUAUAUUUCAUUUCCUGUUUCUUGGAGGUAAAUGGCAUUCGUCCUGCUGAAUUAGCGAACGCAAUGAAUGCAGAAAUGAAAUCUUACUUCCUUUUUUUGUCAUACAUAUUGCCGAUAAUAAAUAAUCUCAACAAGGAGUUUCAGUCGAACUUAUUAGAAUGUGAUUCGGAUAUUGUAAUAAUGCAAUGGAAUUUGCUAAGGCUCAGCGAAACAAAUUUAAAAUGUGACAUGGAUAUAGUAUAUUUCUGGCAACAAAUAAUUCUGCUGCAGCUGAACGAAAAUUUUCAGACCUCGCUCUUAUAA